GAAUUUAAGCCGACGUUUAUCGUCAUCCCACGUCAACCAAGAAAUCACAAAGACGCUCAAGCUAUAUACAAUACUAUACGUACAUAUGCAUUCUAUUUAGAUGCUUUACCAAUAAUAAACGACCUUGGUAUCAAUGUUCGUAUUGGUUUGGAUGAUAUACUAGCUGUACCAGUGAUGGGUGAUAUGAUUACAGGAUUGAUUAGCAUUUUCCAAAUAUAUCUCGCUACUUUACUAGGACCUCCUAAGAUGGUAAUAUAUAGAAUGUGGUUUAAUGUCGUGUUUGACAUUUUGAUCGGUUUGGUGCCUUGGGUUGGUGCAUUUUUCGAUUUCCUCUUUAAAGCCAAUCUAAGGAAUCUCGAUUUGAUAGAGAGAUGGUUAUUAUCUUCUGAUGCAUCUGCUCGGAAGCACAAGAUCGUCCUGAUGCCUCAAGAGAGAUUCUUACCAGAGAGAUCACCACCGGACGCACAUAUAGUCAGCGACAACCCUCCUAGUCGUACUUUCAGACGCGAGUUCAUAGACCUAGAUGAUGAGGAUUACGAAUUAGAUUAAAAUCG